AUGGUUUUACAAUUUGUCGACGAUUCAUCAUGUAAAUCAGCAAUUGCAGAUUUAAGAAAUGAUUCAACCUCAACUGAUUGGGUAUUAUUAUCAUUUGAAUCACCAAAAUCAGAAAAGAUUAAAUUAGUUGGAAGUGGUUCAGGUGGUGUAGCAGAAUUAGUUGAACAUUUACAAGAUGAUUUGGUUGGAUUUGCAUUGGUUAGAAAGAUUGAUAAAAUCGAUGAUAGUGAAACCGUUAAAUUUGCAUUCAUCAAUUUCAUUGGAGAAAAAGUUGGAAUCUUUCAAAAAGGUAAAAUCUCUGUCACCAUUGGUGGUGUUAAAGAUUUCUUGGGUUCAUUCCAAUGUGAUUUCUUAAUCACCUCAAAGAAUGAAAUCUCUGAUGAAAUCGUAUUAAAUAAAAUUCAAGAUAUCUCUGGUACAGGUUCAAAAGUUUUAGAUGAAAAUGGUGCAAAAACUGGUGCUUCAAAAUCAACCACUUCACCAACCAACUCUUUCAGAAAAUCAACAUACGGUUCAGUUUCUUCACCAUCAUCCUCAAAUAAAGACUCAAUUAAAUUAGGUGAUGAACCAGCAAUUCGUGAAGCCUUAAAAGAAUUUAGAUCCGAUGAAAAUGAUAUCGAUUGGGUACUCUUUGGUUAUGAAGGUGGUAAUUCAAAUACUAUCAUUCUCUUAGGUAAAGGUAAUGGUGGUGUCAAUGAACUCAUCUCAAAUUUACAAGAUAAUUUAGUUGGUUAUGGUUUAGUUCGUAUCGUUGAAAAAAUUGAUAAUAGUGAUACAAUUAAAUUUGCUUAUAUUAAUUGGAUUGGUGAAGAAAUUCCAAGAAUGUUAAGAGCACGUUUAGGUACUCAUACUGGAUUUGUAAAUCAGUUAGUUACACCAUAUCAUGUUGAUAUUAAAUGUACAGUUAAAUCAGAAAUUUCAAAAGAGAUUGUAGAGGAAACCGUUGCAAAAGCAUCAGGUAAAGCAUCAAUGGUAUUGAGUGAUGAUGCUCAAUCACGUGGUAGUGGUGGUCGUAUGACCUCAAGUUACAGUUCAUCAAGUGCUUCAACUCAAGGUUCAAACACAACCGGUAAAACAUUUGCUGGUGCUGGUAGUAAAUUUACAACACCAUCAGCUGUGCCAAAAUCAAGUGGUUCAACACUUGGUUUCGAUGAUGAACAACAAGUUAGAGAUACAAUCAAAGAUGUUAGAUCCGAUAGUACUGACACUAAUUGGUGUUUAGUUGGUUAUAAAAAUGAUACCACUUUAACUGUCAUUGCUAAAGGAAAUGGUGGUGUUGAUGAAUUGGUCGGCCAUUUGAAUUCAAAGAUCGUUGCUUAUGGCUUAGUUCGUGAAGUUGAAAGAUUCGAUCUCUCUGAUACCAUCAAAUUUGCUUUCAUCGAUUUCGUUGGUGAAGAUAUCAAUCGUAUGUUUAGAGCUAAACUUGGUACUCAUUCUGGUACUGUUAAACAAUUAUUCCAUCCAUAUCAUGUUGAUUUACAUGUCUCCUCUCCUUCUGAAUUAUCCUCUGAAAUCGUUACUAAAACUAUCACUCAAAAUUCUGGAACUUCUUCAAGAGUAAAAGCCUAA